GCAAGCAGUCCAAAUUUCCCAAGAGAGAAGAAGAGAAAGAGAGAGAAAACGAAACGUCUCCUGAAGGUCAAACUGCGAAAGAUAAAUUCACGUCGGUGUUAAUCUCUUCUGUGUACCGAUCCCUGAAUCGUCGAUUAAUUAAUGCAAUCAUCUGAUCGUCUAUUACCGGCGACGGUAUUAUUUGGAGGAGAAGAGAGGACAGCACAAUCCGGUAAGGCGAUAACCUUCCGGUUACAUCGUGUUUGAUUAUGAAGAGAAACCAAGACAGCACGGGAAAAAGCGCCGCUGGAAAUGGGUUUAUCCCUAAUUCUCUCAGAUUUAUAUCCUCUUGCGUAAAGACCGUUUCUUCCAACGUUCGGUCUGCUGGGGUAUCUGUUGCUGGUUCAAUCUCCGGUGAUUCUGAUGAUCGAAGGAAAGAACAGGUCCUUUGGGCUUCCUUUGACAACCUAGAACUUGGUUCGUCUUGUCUCAAGCAUGUCCUAUUACUGGGCUAUUCCAAUGGAUUUCAAGUUCUUGAUGUUGAAGACACUUCUAAUGUCACUGAACUGGUUUCAAGGCGUGAUGGUCCUGUCACAUUCUUACAGAUGCAGCCUACCCCUGCUGAAUCAGACACCGACGCUGGUUUCAGAGCAUCACAUCCAAUCCUUCUGGUUGUUGCCAGUGAUGAAACAAGCAGCUCUGGUUCAGUGCUGAACGCGAGAGAUACUUCAAAUAGAAAUAGCUACCCAGAUUUGCAAAGUGGAAACUUUAUUAACUCCCCCUCAUCUGUUCAGUUCUAUUCUUUGAAGUCUCACACUUAUGUUCACGUUCUGCGGUUCCGUUCAACUGUUUUUAUGGUCAGAUGCAGUCCACGGGUAGUAGCUAUCAGUCUUUCGUCACAGAUUUACUGUUUUGAUGCCCUAACGCUUGAGAACAAGUUCAGUGUCCUUACAUAUCCUGUCCCUCAAGUUGGAGGUGGACUUGUUGCAGUGAAUAUUGGAUAUGGCCCAAUGGCAGUAGGCCCAAGAUGGUUAGCUUAUGCAUCCAACAACCCACUAUCAAAUGCAGGGAGAUUAAGUCCUCAAAGUCUUAGUCCCUCUCCUGGAGUUAGUCCUUCUACUUCACCUGGAACUGGAAGCUUGAUGGCACGGUAUGCAAUGGAGUCAAGUAAGCAGUUGGCUUCUGGGAUAGUCAAUUUGGGUGAUAUGAGCUAUAAGACUUUGUCAAAAUAUUAUCAUGAGCAUUUUCCUGAUGGUUCCAAUUCUCCCGUACGAUCAAACUCUGGCAGAAAAGCUGGUAGAGUUUCAGCACAAUCAACUGAAAUGGACAAUUCGGGAGUGGUCAUUAUAAAAGAUAUAGUAUCUAGAGCUGUCGUUUGCCAGUUUAGGGCUCACACUAGCCCUUUAUCUGCUUUGUGUUUUGAUCCAAGUGGGACUCUUUUGGUCACUGCAUCUGUACAUGGGAACAACAUUAAUAUCUUCCGCAUCUUUCCAUCUCCAAAUGGAUCAGGAAGCCACAGCAAUGACUGGACUUCAUCUCAUGUCCACCUUUACAAACUUCACCGAGGAAUGACUUCAGCUGUUAUUCAAGACAUUUGUUUUAGCCACUAUAGUCAGUGGAUAACUGUUGUUUCAUCAAAGGGGACAUGUCAUGUAUUCGUUCUAUCACCUUUUGGUGGAGAGACCGGUCUUCAGCUGAAGAAAUCUCUUCUCGAUGGGCCAGAACUCAUACCUAUACUAUCUCAACCUUGGUGGUCUCCAUCAUCUCUUGCGAUAAACCAGCAUUCGUCACCUCCUUCACCGAUUACUCUCUCUGUGGUUAGCAGGAUACGAGUAGGUAAUUCUGGGUGGCUAAAUACUGUGAGUAGUGCAACUGGGAAGGUCUCUCCAACAACUAGCAUUGUUGCUUCUGUUUUUCACAACUCUGUAUCUACUUCCUCAAAUUUAAAUGUCCUAGAGCAUCUAUUGGUUUAUACCCCGUCUGGUAACUUGGUUCAGUAUAACCUUCUGCCUUCAGUGGGGGGAGAACAAAAUGAUUCUGCUCAAAGAACUGUUACAGGUUCUUCAAUGCAGAUGCAGGAAGAGGAAUUGUUGCGGGUUAAAUCUGAAUCUGUUCAGUGCUGGGAUGUUUGUCGAAGGGAAGACUGGCCUGAAAGAGCCGAGAAAAUUGAUGGAAUUCCUAAUGUUCAGUUUGUUAAAGAUGGUUCUAAACAUGAAGAAUGUGAUAUUAUUAAGGAGAAAGACUUGCUGAAGUCUAAUGAACAUUCUCAUUGGUAUUUAUCUAAUGCUGAAGUGCAGACAAGGUCUGGGAAGUUACCAGUUUGGCAGAAGUCCAAGAUUUAUUUCUUUAGAAUGAGCCCCAUUUUGGGUGCUCUGCAACAUCCAACUGAAGAUAUUUCCAAAGGGGAGAUGGAAAUUGAGAAGAUCCCUAUUAAUGAGGUUGAGAUCAAACGGAAGGACUUGCUGCCUGUUCUUGAUCGUUAUCAUAGUAUUCAGACUGACACGAGGUAUGGCAGGGAUUAUGUUGGGGAGAAAUACUCCUCUUCCCUUAGCUUUAAUGGAGGCUUUACCGUAGAAAAACCUUCAUCUCCAUCUUACAGCUCUCAUAGUGAGAAAUUGUAUGUGCCAGCAUCAUUAAGAAUACCUGCAGAGAUGGAAGCCUCAGAGCCCAUGGAUCUCUCUGAAUCUCCUAUUGUCAUCGAUGAGACGAAAAAUGUGAAACGACCUGUAAAAGAUCUCAUGCCAUCUCUUCCACUCACCAAAACAAACGCUGAAAAUAUUGCCAGAGAAGUUGAGUCCUCUAGUAGUGUUGUGACUAGUGAAUCUUCAAACAACAGUUCUAACCGUUCUGAUUCGAGUAUGAAUAUAAUUGAUGAGGGGCCAGUGGAUGAAGAAAUGAAUGAACCGCUUGAUUUCGGAAACUAUUUUGACGAGGAAUAUUGUAGAGCUUCUUCUACACAUGAUGAAGGAUCUGCACUUGGAGAAGCUAGUAACUUGUAUAGUGGUGACAGUCCUCGCCUAAAAGAGAAAUUGGAGGAAGAUGGGGAAAGUGAUGAUAUGCUCGGUGGUAUUUUCUCUUUCUCUGAAGAAGGCGAGUCCUUGAGCUGAUGAUUUCCUGUCCAUGUGUGAUCGAUCCCCAUUUGAGCGAAGAACAAUCGGAAAAAGGUAAAUAUAAUAUAAUAUAUAUGAAUCAAAUGAUGUCUACUAACACUACUGGGGAAGAAAUGCCCAGACAUUCUUUUGGUUGAUGAUGAUGGGGUUUUAUUUAAAGGAGAAAAAAGAUGGCCUGAUCUUUAUUCUUCAAGUUAUAUAUAUAUAUAUAUUUCAUUCUAAUGCUUCUUCUCAUGUAAAUGCUGUAAAUUACACACUAGACAUUAGAAAUGAUUUGUAUGUCUGGAUUGAUUUAUGUUAUUGUGUAAACAAUAUUUCAUUUUCAAGAAAAAGAUAAAAAAAAAUUAAAGUGGAGAAAUGAGGAAAAGCUUCAUUCUGUUGUAACAAUGGUUUGUUUGGCAAAUGUUGGCCAGUUCUUUCAAUUUGAAUUAUUUUUUUUAAGGAUAUU